AUGGCAUCCACAACGGAACUAGUUACCGAUUCAGUACCUGACUUGACGAAAAAAGCUCAGACGUUCGGAGAACUCGACUUCAACGGAAAAAUAUCGUACAUCCGCGAGGUGAUAACCGUAGAGCCCCUACUAGGGGCUUAUGUCAUGGCCUCCACUCUGUGCUCACCGAUGCUGAUCAACUUGGAGUUCGAGAAGUCUUGCCGAGUGAACUUGCAGAUGAACGAUACGGUCUGUGAGGCUAUUUUGAGCAGCCAACACGAAGUUCUCAACUUAACAGAGCAAAACAACGAGGUGCAAUACUUGAUAAGCGAUGUGCACUCCUGGUUGCAACCUGUGCAAAGCAUCAUGCCGCUGAUCCUAGUUUUGUUCAUAGGAUCCUACAGCGAUAGGCACAAGUGGCGCAAGCCCUUUCUACUGUUGCCCCUAUUCGGGGAAUUUUUAGCAGUGGUAGGAUGCAUUUUUUGUGUUAUUUUUAUGCGGUCUUGGCCCCUUGAAGUACAGGGAGUGUUCCAGCUGAUCUUGCCUUCACUGUUUGGGGGACAAACUAUGAUUGUCAUGGCGACAUUUUCCUACAUAGCCGAUGUCAGUACGAUAGAAAUGAGGACGCUGAGGAUAGGGGUCGUACAAAUAGUACUCAACAUCAUUGUUCCUGUUACGCAGCUGUUCAGUGCGAAUAUGUUCGAGCUAACAGGGUACUAUGGGGUGCUUUUCACUGCGGGAGGUUUGUACGUGUUCGGGUUCCUCUAUGGGCUUUUUUGGAUCAAGGAACCAAAACAGCCUGUGAACACAGAGAGCAGAGGUGUUUUAUGCGAUGUUUUUGAUCCGAGACAUGCUGUGGAUACGUUCAAUCUGAUACUGAGGAAGGGCCCUGGGAAAAAUAGGGUUUAUAUUGGUGUGAUGCUUUUCACGAUUUUUAUAUACAGUGCAGUGAUAGUGGGUGAAUCGGACAGGUUCUUUUUUUACUCGCAAAGCAGGUUCGGUUGGACGAUAGUGGAGUUCAGCUAUUUUCUUUCCAUGAAUACUUUGGUCCACCUUAUUGGUACUGCACUAGCGGUUCCCCUUUUCACAAAAAUCCUCAAUUUGACUGACAUGGCCAUACUGCUUCUCACCUUCUUGGACAAAAUGCUCAGCAACGUCGUCUUCGGUUUUGCCAACAGCAACACGCUCCUCUACGCAGCUGCUGUUGUCAGUAUAAUAACGGGUGUGACGCCCAUUGGAAUUCGAUCCCUCGCUACAAAGGUGGUAUCAGAAGACGAUCUAGGCAAGGCUCAGUCUCUGUUCGGCAUUUGCGAAGCUAUUGCCCCAGCGAUAUCGACACCUGUUUACAACAAGGGAAUCUACAAUAACACUUUGACUACGUUUCCAUCAGCGUUUUUCUUUUUCGGUAUCAUCCUUUACGCAAUUUGCAGUGCAUUUAUAACGUGGAUGUACUUCAAAGAAAAACCAAAUCGUACGUCAAAAGUCGAACUUGCAAAUAAUGGUUCUGGAGUUACUAUCGAAAAGACCCCAAUGGAGACUUAUGUUGAAACAACACACAUAUAA